GAAGUACAUUAAGAAAUUUUAAAUUUGUGAUCUAAAAUAUAAUGGAUUCAUUGCGUCGUGUACCUUUUUUUGAUUUACGUAGUGUAAAAAUAGAGGAUGAACUCAACAUUUUUACACAAAAAGAUCGAAACAACUCGAUAAAUCGUCAUCCCUUGCUAAAUUAUUUACCAGCGACGACAACACGCAAAUUUGUGACGGUGGUUAGUGGUACUAAUUGCCUCUGGUUAGGUAGGGAUGAUGGGAGCCUAGUUUGCAUGAAAAUGUCUGAAGCAUAUAACAAGGUUGAAGAUGCAUCCAAAGACGAUAACUUUAAUGAUUGUCAUUAUGUUGCUUCGGCAAUUCAAGAAUAUACGAUUUACAGUUACAUUUUAACACAUUUAUUUAUGUCCAAAGCAUGUAAUUAUAAUGAAUUAGAACAAAAUGCACGGCAUCCAGAUAUCUUAAGCUCUACACAAAACAAGCAGUUACAACAUGACGUUUUUUUUACUAUUGGGUGUGAUAAGAAAAAUGAGUGGACGUGCAAAAUUUUUUUUGCACAAAAAUUCGGAAAGUUUGCGAAAGAGUGUUGUACAGCUGUCAACGAGCAACCAAAGCCAGCUCGCACCAUAGUGUUAACGGAAGGUCAAAAUCGUUCCCGUCCCACGUGCAAGUCAUCCGAUGCAUUGGUUAUUGUGGCAGAUUUAAACGCCAAGGCCACCAAAUUCGUGGUUGGAUUCUCAAACGGUAGCAUUAUUUAUUAUACAAUUAAUUUAAAAAACUCCAAAAAUUCCAUUAGGGGACGUCGCUUACAACUUAAUGAAGAUUCAAGACAAGAUGGUAACGUGUGUCACUCGUCCCAAAGAAAUUCACCUCAAUUCGACACAUCAAGUGACUUUGUAAAAGGAACUUUAACAAAUUUAGUUUUCGGAUAUUCAACUGAAUAUAAAGAAGAAGUUUUAUUUAUAACUACAACAUCAACGGUGUCUUGUAUUAUAGUAUAUGAUGAUUUGAAAACAAAUGUUACAUUGCUUUUUACGGAAUCCAUUAAUGGUUGUUUACCACAGCAAACUGCACUAUUAAAGUCUUUAUCAAAUGAAGCAUACGAUCGUUUGUUUACUUCUCAGGAGAAUUGUUAUUUUAUGUAUACAGCGUGUCAGGGGAAUUUAUGUGCUUUACCUUUUGCUUCAACUCAAAUGUGUAAAGGCUUUAAAUCAUAUGUUGUUUCCGUUCACAAAGGAAGUAUACAGUUUAAAAAGAAAUUAGAUGAGGAUAUCAAUUCUCUAUGGGAUGAUUGUGGUUCGUCGAGCGUUGUAUCUCAUGUUCAACGACAUGAUCCUCCCUAUUCUUGUCUAUCCAUUCUUGUGGAUACUCCUACAUUGCGUUUUUUGUGUUAUACCAAUCGAUUUCAAGGUGUUGUUGGAAUCGUACCAUAUAAUGAGCAAAGUGUCUUAGUUAUUACGAAUGCACCUGAUUUAGAAGUCUUUGAAUUACGCGAAAAAACGUUUUAUGAACGAAUAAAUGCAUUGUUACAACUACGCUUAUUUGAUUGGGCUGUGAAAAUGUGUAUCCAUCAAAACGCACUAGAGGAGUAUGUAAUGGAAAUUCAUAUUCAACACGCAAACUAUAUGUUUGACAAAAAAUUUUACGAUAAAGCAGCAUACCUCUAUAGCAAAACAAUUGAUUAUUUAGAGUCUUCCUUCGUUAUCAGUAAAUUUUUAGAACAACAACAACUCUCAAGUCUUCUUAUUUACUUGAAGAUAUUAUAUAAAAGAAAGAAAUUUUCAAGGAAUCAUUUCACAUUAAUGUUUGAUUGUUUUUGUAUGUCUGGGGAUGAUGAUGGCUUUCUGAAAUUUUUAGAAGAGUGUGAAGAAACGUCGUCAGAUAACCAUGUUGAUUGGGAGGCUGCAGUUUUAGAAUGUCGAAUAUAUGGGAAGAAAAAUUUAGCAAAACAAAUAGCGAAGAAACGUAAUUUAACAAGGUGUCUAUUAUCAAUUUUGAUCUAUGACUUUGAUACUCCGGACGAAGCUUUACACGUUUUACAAUCUAUGGACCUACAAGAAGCUAGUGUCUUUUUAUUAGAUCCAUUUUUAGCACGACCGUUAUUAUGUUCAAAUGUGACACGCACUUGUGAAUUAAUUUACAAAAUCAUCACAGAAAAGAAACAAAACAUUUCAUCAUUUAUUUCUUUAUUUAUUAAAGUUGAAACAUCUGACAGUUUGGAUGAAGAAGAUAUGAUUUUAACAGAAUGCCGUGAAUCGAAAGCGUUGGAGAUAUCUAAACUUAAAGAAUGUGAAAAAAAGAACAAAGCUGUAACUCUCCAAACCCGCCAAAUUUUCGAUAUUGAAUUUCUAUGUCUUAUGUACUCUAUUCUAGAAAAUGUUAAAAAAGAUGUAGAUACAGCCCCGCAGGUUGAUUUCGGUAGUCUUAUUGUGUGUCUUCAAAUUUUAUUAUGUUAUCAAAGUAAAAUGGAAACAUUGCCAUUGAGUACACAAAAUUUUUGUUUGAAAUCAAAGGAAGAUGUCUUGAAUUGGCCCAUUCCUUGUUUAUUAUCAGAUCAUUUUAAAUCACUUCAAUCAUUGUUACCCGCUUUUUGUUUACUACAAGUAUUUCGACAUUAUGAAGGUUUGCUUUUUGUUUGCGAGCGUAUUGCGUCAUUUUGCCCUUCGUUAAGAACGCAAAACGUGACACAUUUAUGGUGUUAUGGUGCUUUACAAAUUCCACUUAUUCAAACGGUUGGAAACUCGGAUUUGUUUUUAAAUUUUGUGUCACGUUGUUGUGUAAAAGAUUCUAACUUUUUGAAAUUAGCCAUAAGGCAUUCUUGCAAUGAAGGUUCUAUAGGUCUAAUCAAAAAGUUAAUGAAUACAUUAUCAUUCCAAAUGAACCAAAAUAAUUUUAAGAAUUAUUUAUCACCUUUAUCUGUUUUCCGCUUACUACAACCUUCCAAUAGAAACGUUUCUCAGGAGGAUGUGAACAGUGUUAUUGAUCAACAAACGUAUCCCAUUAUCAGAUUCGGUGAUGUCAAGGCUUAUUUUAUUGAACAGGCUGCUAUUAUACGAAAUAGAACGGAUGUCUUAAGAAGGAAAAAUUGUACUGAUUUUUAUCAAUUGCAAUUACAACGUUUACAAUUGAGAGACAGUCAAAACAAGCUUUAUGGUUUCUCCGUGCACAACAAAACUUGUUCGUUAUGCCAUGAAACUAUACAAUUUCCAAUGAUACAAUUUCUUUGCUGCCAUCAGUAUCAUACUUCUUGUUUAGAGAGCAAUUCAAAAGGAAAGACCUGUCCGUUGUGCGAGCAAGGCCAUACACUAAAACUUAAAUUUUUAAAAGAAAAUGUGGACUAUCUUCAAAAUGAAGACUUUGAAAACCACUUACAUAAAGGAAACAAUCCCGGAACUGAUUAUAUUUGUGAAUUUUUAAAAAAUGGGUUUUUAAAUGCACUGUAUUAAUUCAAAAUUUUUUGAGACAAUAAAGAAUAGGGUCAUAAAUUAGAAACAUUACCAAACCGUUAUGUGUCGUACUCUCUUUUCGAACAAACAUACUGCAUGUGAUUAGCUGGAUUCUCAGAUGCAGAUAUUGUCGAGUUUAAUAAAUUGCAUCAACCAUGCUGGGAGAUCAAGUAAGAUGCCACCAACGAAUGACGUCACGGAGGGAGUCGAAAUAGAAACAUUAUGCAUGAAAUGUUAUCAAAAUGGAUUAACCAGGUUUCUAUUAACAUCCAUACCACGAUUUCGAGAUAUUCUUGUGAGUUCCUUCGAAUGUUCGCAUUGUGGACAUACGAAUCGUGAAGUUCAAAGCGGCUUAUCUUUAGCAGAAUCUGGUGGAUGUCGCUACGUUUUGAAAAUUAAAGAAACAAAGGAUUUAGAUCGACAAAUU